CAUUUGGGGAGUAUUUGUACUGUCCUGACAUUUGGGGGAUAUCUGUACUGUUCUGACAUUUUGGGGGGGAUUUGUACUGUCCUGACAUUUGGGGGGGAUUUGUACUGUCCUGCAUUUGGGGGGGAUUUGUAUUGUCCUGACAUUUGGGGGGAUUUGUACUGUCCUGACAUUUGGGGGGAUUUGUACUGUCCUGACAUUUGGGGGGGAUUUGUACUGUCCUGACACAUUUGGGGGAGAUUUUGUACUGUCCUGACAUUUGAGGGGAUUUUAUACUGUCCUGACAUUUUGGGGGGGAUUUGUACUGUCCUGACAU